AUGCUGAAAUAUCUACCGGCAACUCUAGUCUCACGAAAUUUUCUGCGGAUCCUUAGGGUCCUCGUAAUCAUCGUUACCGUCACUGGACUGAUAUACCAGUUUUCAUUCACAUUUUCCAAUUACUCAUUCCCCAAAAAAUCCAUCAAGUCUUUGUCGAAUUCUCCACAUAUUCAAACAAAACUUCAAUCAGACGAAGAUGCAAAUAGCUUAGAUACUGAACCAGGUUACCAACGUGCCAAUGCCACUUUCGUUACCCUCGCUCGAAACCAAGACCUUUUCGCCCUUAUGGAGUCCAUCCGAUCCGUCGAAAACAGUUUCAACCGAAAAUACAAAUAUGAUUGGGUUUUUUUCAACGAUGUUAACUUCACACCCUUAUUCAUGAAAACAAUUUCAAAUUUAGUCUCAGGCCAGGCUUCUUUCCAUACCCUCGAAAAGGAAUACUGGGGGUACCCAGAAUGGGUCGACCAGGACAAGGCUAGAGAAAAUAGAAACCAAAUGGUCCAGAAAGGUAUCAUUUACGGUGGCUCGGAGUCUUAUCGACACAUGUGCCGCUUUGAAUCGGGCUUUUUCUGGCGUCAUCCUGCUCUUAGCAAUUACAAAUACUACUGGCGUGUAGAGCCGAAUGUGAAAUACUCUUGUCUUGCAAGCAAAGACUACUUCAAAUACAUGGAGGAAAAAAAUCUGACUUAUGGCUUCACAAUCUCUCUUAUUGAAUUUGAGCAAACAAUCCCUACACUCUGGCAGACUACACUCGAUUUCAUUAACCAAAAUCCUCAAUAUGUUAACGAAAACAAUCUUGCUGACUUUAUUACAGAUGCAAAUAAGACAUCUUACAAUCUGUGUCACUUUUGGUCAAACUUUGAAAUCGCUGAUCUUGAUUUUUAUCGUAGCGAAGCCUAUACAAAAUACUUUGAAUUUCUUGACGCCACAGGUGGCUUUUUCUAUGAGCGUUGGGGUGAUGCCCCAGUUCAUUCUAUUGCCGCAUCACUUUUCCUUAACAAAACUCAAAUCCACCAUUUCGAUGACAUUGGCUACGAGCAUCCUCCGUUCCAAUCUUGCCCAUCUACUCAAAAAACUCGCAUAGAAAAUAAGUGUAUUUGUAACCCAGCACAUAGCUUCACAUGGAAAGUCAAUUCGUGUGCACGCCAGUUUUACAGAGCACAUGGAACAAAAAGGCCGGUUAUUAAUGGAUUUGUUCCACACAUUCCUCUGCCAUUGACUAACCACAGAUCUGGUUUUAAAAGUGCUGAAAAGAUCAUUAAAGAAUUGGAAAAAGCCAAAAAGGAACAAAAACAGAAUAAUGUCUUCGAACAAAACAGCGAGAAACAACCUCAAAAUGAAAAUAAGAAUGAGCAAAAAGAUGAGAAUCAAAAUAAGGAGGGGAGCUCCAAUGAAAAACAAGAAGUGAAAAAAGAUGAUAAUCAGAACAAGAAGGAGAGCUCAAAUGAAAACCAAGAAAUAAAAAAAGACGAGAAUAAGGAAGUAAAGAAAAGUGAAAAUGAGAACAAGGAAGAACAAAAGGAAGAAAAAAAGGAGGUAAAUACUGAAAAGAAAGAACUAAAAGAUGAAGAUAUUAUAGAUGUGUGGAGACACUAA